AUGGAGAAUCCCCAUUCAACUGCGUCGAUUGAGCCGGGAGAAUUCAGAUUGAUUGAGUUGGCGCCGAGUGCCGAGGCAGAGACAAUCGAAUGUCGUUUACGUUCUUACUCUCUGGAUGGCGGCUAUCCUGAAUACGUCGCGCUCUCUUAUGCAUGGGGCCAAAAUGUGAGAGACAAGAUUAUUAGCCUCAAUGGAAGUCGUUUCUCGGUUGGGAACAAUCUUUGGUGGUUUCUGCACCAUAUGCGGCUGCGAAAUCAGUACAUCAACUUCUGGAUAGAUGCCGUAUGCAUUGACCAGUCGAAUGUGACGGAGCGAAAUCACCAAGUGCAGAUAAUGCGGAAGAUCUACAGCAACGCCAAAUCGGUCUCUGUGUGGCUGGGAAGAGCCGACACUUCCUCCGACAGCGAUAUUGCGAUAGAGCUUUUGGCGACAAGAACACCCUGUGAGGCUGGAAACUUCAACGUUGACAAUUUCUGGAGCCUGCGUCAGGCCAAAGCCAUAUUGGCCUUUUGUGAAAUGAACUACUGGCGGCGGAUGUGGAUUAUACAGGAAAUCAUGUUUGCAAAGCAAGUUACCAUCUACUGCGGCUCUAAACAUAUUGGCUGGAAUGCAUUUGAGCAGCUGGUCAAGCAUCUCCAAGCAAUAUCCGAUAUAGGACGAGAGCACCAGACGCCUUGUGCAUCUUUAAUCCUUGCUAGCCCAGCUAUUGUUAUUGCCAAGGCGAAGGCAGCAUGGGGUGGGAAUCUUCAACCUCUGACGACGUUGCUGCAGUUGUAUCGCGAUCACGAGGCUACAAACAUACUGGAUAAAGUGUAUGCUUUGCAUGGCCUAGCGAAAGAUAGCUCCGAUAUAGCUGUUGACUAUGGGAUAACCGCCGAUGAGCUUCUCGUCAAGGUGUUGCAUCAUGCCUAUUGUACUUUGGGAUCCAGAACUGAUAUGAAAGAGGCCACAAGAUCGCUUGUCCGCUUUGGCGAGGUGAUGGCAGGGAUUCUGAAUGUGGAUUGUUCGGCAAAAGAAAUCGGGUUUCAUAUCUCCAUGGCUGAGCAACAAUGCCAGGACGACGAGGCUAAUUUCGUCGAGACUUUACACACCAAAUCUGCCGACGUAAUCAAGCAUACCAAAGACGAUACUACCGCGUCGAAUAGGCCAAGGCGGAAUGCUGACUACUUGUCGCAUGACUGGAAAAAGGAAGAUAUUUGGUCGUCGUGGAGAUAUAUUACUUCCAACAGAGACCAAUUCGGCAAUAGUGCUAGAUUGGAAAACGCAUCUUGGAGAAAUUGGAUGAAGAUGAAGAAUAAUCUCAAUACUAUAUCACCAGCUGAACUGAACUGGCUCAAAGACUAUGAUACCACUUGGCUCUAUGGGCCUCUACCGUACAGUUCCAAGACUGCAAACCCAUCUGGCACUGAAAGCUCAAGUGUGACUCUGUCUAAAACAGACUCUGGCCGAAACAAGAAGCCAAUUCUAAAAAAGAGCAAUGUGCCUGAAUUCAUGCCACAAAAGCUACUAAUUCGCGCGCCUCCGUUGGAGCAGGCUACGGCGACAAUUCCAGCUCAAGACAACUAUGAGGCUUUGAAGCCUGGAAAAGACAAUGUCGCCAGCCUUUUAUCUGUUCAAAGAGACAGUCAAGACACCAGUUCUUUGGCGACUUCAUCAGGCUCGUCAAAUACCACUUUUCCUUCUGCCUCCCUCGAACACAAGCAUAUUCACUUCAAUGAGCUAGUGGAGCAAUACAUUGCUAUCAAUCACGAGCUAGAUGCUCACGAGUUAGAGGAAGACUAUGGUAUCUACAAUGAAGACAGCAGCUCCAGUGAUGAUGGCAUCAUGAUGAAGCUAAUCCGGUCCAAGAAGCACGUUCUGUAUAAGAAGGAGAGUCGGAAGCCUGCCAAUACAGAUGGCAAGCUUAUUGCUAAACUGCCACCCAGCUAUCUCAAGUAUCGAGCGAACACAACGGAAAUCGCCAUCGAUACUGCCAAUAGAGUCUCCCUAGGGGACUUCUUCCUUGCCCUUAGACCGCCGCCUUUUAAACAUCGUAAUUCCAAAAUGGCAUAA